GUCACAAGGCCCCGCUGCGUCUUCCCAGCCGCAGGCGCAGGCCCAGCCGAGCGGCCGCCGAGCGGGUGCUGGUGCUGGUGCGGGCGCACCGGCCAUCACCGCGCGGCCGCGCAGCGGACACCGUGCUCACCGGCCUGCGGCGCCCCGCCACCGGGGUGGACCGCCGAGCCCGAGGCCAUGUCCCAUGAAAAGAGUUUUUUGGUGUCUGGGGACAACUAUCCUCCCCCCAACCCUGGAUAUCCGGGGGGGCCCCAGCCACCCAUGCCCCCCUAUGCUCAGCCUCCCUACCCUGGGGCCCCUUACCCGCAGCCCCCUUUCCAGCCCUCACCCUACGGUCAGCCAGGGUACCCCCAUGGCCCCAGCCCCUACCCCCAAGGGGGUUACCCACAGGGCCCCUACCCCCAAGGGGCCUACCCACAGGGCCCCUACCCACAAGAGGGCUACCCACAGGGCCCCUACCCCCAAGGGGGGUACCCCCAGGGGCCAUAUCCCCAGAGCCCCUUUCCCCCCAACCCCUAUGGACAGCCACAGGCCUUCCCAGGACAAGACCCUGACUCACCCCAGCAUGGAAACUACCAGGAGGAGGGUCCCCCAUCCUACUAUGACAACCAGGACUUCCCUGCCACCAACUGGGAUGACAAGAGCAUCCGACAGGCCUUCAUCCGCAAGGUGUUCCUGGUGCUGACCCUGCAGCUGUCGGUGACCUUGUCCACGGUGUCUGUGUUCACUUUUGUUGGGGAAGUGAAGAGCUUUGUCCGGGAGAACGUCUGGACCUACUAUGUCUCCUAUGCUGUCUUCUUCAUCUCCCUCAUCGUCCUCAGCUGUUGUGGGGACUUCCGGCGAAAGCACCCCUGGAACCUUGUUGCACUGUCAGUCCUGACCGCCAGCCUGUCGUACAUGGUGGGGAUGAUCGCCAGCUUCUACAACACCGAGGCAGUCAUCAUGGCCGUGGGCAUCACCACAGCCGUCUGCUUCACGGUCGUCAUCUUCUCCAUGCAGACCCGCUACGACUUCACCUCGUGCAUGGGCGUGCUCCUGGUGAGCAUGGUGGUGCUGUUCAUCUUCGCCAUCCUCUGCAUCUUCAUCCGGAACCGCAUCCUGGAGAUUGUGUACGCCUCACUGGGCGCUCUGCUCUUCACCUGCUUCCUGGCAGUGGACACCCAGCUGCUGCUGGGGAACAAGCAGCUGUCCCUGAGCCCGGAAGAGUACGUGUUUGCCGCGCUGAACCUGUAUACAGACAUCAUCAACAUCUUCCUGUAUAUCCUCACCAUCAUUGGCCGCGCCAAGGAGUAGCCCAGCUCCAGCUCUCUGUGCCCACUCAGGUGGCAUGGCUGGCCUGGACCCUGCCCCUGGCACGGGAGUGCCAGCUGUCCUUCCCCUCUCUCUUGUCCCCAGGCACAGCCUGGGGCAGAGGACGCCCCUCUCCAACCCUCCCAUAUGUACACUGCAGAUACUUCCGUUUGGACCCGCUGUGGCCACAGCAUGGCCCCUUUAGUCCUCCCGCCCCACCAAGGGGCAACAAGGCCACGUUUCUGUGCCACCUCCUGUCUACUCAUUGUUGCAUGAGCCCUGUCUGCCAGCCCACCCCAGGGACUGGGGGCAGCACCAGGUCCCGGGGAGAGGGAUUGAGCCAAGAGGUGAGGGUGCACGUCUUCCCUCCUGUCCCAGCUCCCCAGCCUGGCGUAGAGCACCCCUCCCCCUCCCCCUGGAGUGCUGCCCUCUGGGGACAUGCGGAGUGGGGUCUUAUCCCUGUGCUGAGCCCUGAGGGCAGAGAGGACGGCAUGUUUCAGGGGAGGGGGAAGCCUUCCUCUCAAUCUGCUGUCAGUGAAAUUCCAAUAAAUGGGAUUUGCUCUCUGCC